GCGUAGGAGUGGCUCCGGUGGUUCGACAUCACCUCACCCGGCGUGAAGAGAACGACGGCGGUUAAGCUAGAUGGUACUCCGAUUUGGUAGCUAGCGUUAGGGAUUUUUUCACCUCCACUUGAAGAAACAUUGAGCCAGACCAAACCACCAUGGCUCUCUACGAAUAUGUCACGAAGGAGCAGCUGGCGGGGUUCGACAGAUAUAAGUACAGCGCCGUGGACACGAACCCCCUGUCUGUCUAUGUUAUGCAUCCUUUCUGGAACUUUUUAGUGAAGUUUUUACCAACAUGGCUGGCUCCGAACCUCAUCACAUUUACGGGUUUCAUGUUCCUCGUGUUGAACUUCUUGAUGUUGGCCUUCUGGGACUUUGACUUCACUGCCUCUUCUGCAGGAAACCAGCAUGUGCCUAGCAGGGUGUGGGUGGCAGCUGGGAUCUUCAACUUCUUAGCCUACACGCUUGAUGGUGUUGAUGGCAAGCAGGCUCGUCGCACCAAUUCCUCAACACCACUAGGGGAGCUCUUCGACCAUGGGCUCGACAGCUGGGCCUGCAUCUUCUUUGUCGCCACGGUGUACUCCAUAUUUGGGCGUGGGGAAAGUGGCGUAAGCGUAGGUGUGCUCUACUACAUCCUGUGGGUGGUGCUGUUCUCCUUCAUCCUGUCCCACUGGGAGAAAUACAACACGGGCAUCUUGUUUUUGCCCUGGGGAUACGACAUGAGCCAAGUGACCAUCUCGCUUGUUUACUUGGUCACUGCUGUAGUGGGAGUGGAAACCUGGUACCAGCCAGUGAUCUUCACCUUUCUCUAUAGAGAUCUUUUUACCUUUAUGAUCAUAUCCUGUUCCUUUGCUGUGACAUUACCCAUGAGCCUCUACAACGUCUGGAAGGCUUACAGGAACAACACUCUGAAGCACAGCAGCCUGUAUGAAGCCUUCCUGCCUUUCCUUUCUCCUAUCCUCCUCUUCGUCUUGUCCACCACCUGGGUUGUCUUCUCUCCGUCCAAUAUCCUCGAGCUGCAGCCCAGAAUUUACUACCUCAUGGUGGGAACAGCUUUUGCAAAUGUCACUUGCAAGCUCAUCGUGUGUCAGAUGAGUAACACACGCUGCCAGCCUCUGACCUGGCUGCUGCUGCCAAUGUCCUUGGUUGUGGGCUCAGUUGUCACAGGGGUCGUCACCAACGAGACGCUGCUGCUUUAUCUGUGGACCGCCGCUGUCAUACUCGCACACAUACACUAUGGUAUAUCUGUGGUGCAGCAGCUCAGUGAUCAUUUCAACAUCUUUGCCUUCUCGCUGAAGAAGCCCAAUCGAGACUGACAGGAGGAGGAACGAAUCGGCCUGACAGCAGCAGAGGUUUAAACCGCUCCUCUGUUCGACACUUCACCCUCACCCUAAAACCCCCCACCUCCCUCCGUCCCUCCCCCCACAAUGACGCUUCGAGUGAACAGACAGUGGCCCUCCUCAUAAAUACACAUUCCCAAAGCAACUAAUCAGACUCUGUUCACAACAACGGGGUUGGCCCCGGGGCCUCAGGCUUCCUUCACUGCUGAUUGGCUGACUUGAGCCAAUGAGGUGCUAUUGUUUCCUACGGAAAUGUGCUUCGAUGGUGAGGACCUGAGCAGUGAGAAGACACACUCCACGGAGGCCCUCAUCACCCAGAGCAUUCAGGACCUCAUUAUUCUAACCUCAAUAAUCAAACUGAAGCUAAUUUUAACCUCAGUCCUGAAUCAACAUCUUAAACUCCGUACAGCCUGCUCCAUCAGGUUUGCACAAUUGAAAAUGAAGAUAAUACUGGUAAGCUGUCUCUAAAUACAGAGAACCCACAUAGUAUUAUGGAUGUAGAGCAGUGCCCUGAGGGGGAGCCUUUUCAGGGGACCCGUCUGAAGGAGUGAUGUCGAUCAAACCUGGAAACAGAACAUUGGAUUCCUACGGUUCUAGUUUUGUCCAGAAUUUAAUUAUUUUUUUUUUUUAAUCUUCCAUCAGUGAUAAUUGUUAAUAACUUCUUGUGUAUAUACAUAUACAUAUAUAUAUAUAUAUUAAGACCAUUGUUUGGGGUUUGUAAAAAUUGAGUAAAGAAGCUCAAACGAGGAUUUCCUCCUGUAAAAUAUUAUAGACCUUUCACUCUAAUUAAUUCUCCAUGAGGCUCUGUGGUUACAGCAGAUUUUAUUAUUUACUAACUGGGAUAAACCAAUCAGGUUUUGCUAACCUUCCUUUGUUCUAUCCGGGUACCAGCUCUCCCCUUUCCCUCUGAGGUGUCGUGGUUUUCAUGCUGAUUCGUUCUUUUGGUUUGAUUUUUUUUUUUUACUUAUAUUUGUGUCAGCGUUAGUUGUUAUGUUGCGCAGCACUUGAAUGAAGAGUGCGUCCAAAAACCGCCAGUGGAGCGGACUCACUCUGAGGGACCAAGCCUCCGCACAGAACAGCGCAAAAACACGCUGCUUGCCGUCACGCAGACGUUACCUCGCUCGUUUUCUACGGUCCGGCGUAGAUCUUGUCUGGUUGCAUUUUUUCCAUCUGUUGUCUCAGAUUUGGAAGGUGUUCUUUUAGGACGGUUUAGGUUUGUUGAGACGGAUCCUUGCUCAGAACUAAAGACGCUCCAGUCAGUGCGUCUGUCAGGAUCAGUUAUAAACAAAGUCAGAAUAUUUACAAAGCACUGAAUGAAGACUGAGAACAAGUUUCAAAUUAAGUCAGGAAAGUCCUGGAAUAAUACAUGUUCUCCAGGUUUUUAUUAGAGAAAUAUGGCUUUGACCCUCCCCUACCUGUUGCUGUGCACUG